AAUGCGACCCUACAGUCCACGUCGUGAUCGUGGUGUACAUACAUUAUAAACUAAGCGAACUUUUAAGCGAUUGGUGCGUCAUGUUAGGCAAAACGUGUAACAAGCUAAGUGAAAGCCAAGUACAACUAUAGUCUUCUUAUAUAUCUUAUAGGAUGGAUAUAAAAAAUGAGGAGGUAUAGAGACCGGCAGUUAUUUACUGGUGGGCUUUGACACGUUGAGCGCAUUGCCACUAUCAAGAAACUGCUCUCAUGUAAACAAAAACAAACCGUGAAUGAAUUUCAAACUCUUGAGUAAUCCGCAAGCGUCGCCUGCGCUCUUAUGACAACAAACAGUAAACAUUAAAGUUGCGCUCAUCAGUGGCAGCAGCAGCGGCCGGUAACCGCAUCUAAACCUUCAACUGUUUAUAAAGAACCUUAAACAACUAUAACAAUGUGUAAAUCCUCUGUGUGAACAAAUAGUACCUGCAUGAAGCGAAACACAAGCUUGAAGUAGAAGAAAAUAGACGGUCUUAUACAUUUAUAUUCAAAUAAAAAUAUUCGUGCUCAGUGACCGCGACCGAAUGGCCGAGAAGGAGAUACUGUCCAUCACUAUGGCCGGUCGGAGUCGGCGUUGCAGCAUACCAGAGUGCGAUGGUCAGAACGUCAAAGUUUUGUAUGAAUUUCCUAAGGAAGCUUGCAGAAAAAGACGAUGGUUGUCAGCUUGCGGCAUGGAUGACGCCAAUGAGGCUAGCUCUUUGAAAAUGUUCGCUUGUAAUUCACAUUUCGUUGAUCAUGACUACAUUCCGGCCUCUCCGUCGAUAGUGCCCAUACUCAAAAGAACGGCUGUGCCAGUCAUAAAGUUGUCUGGUAACGUUACAAAGUCGCCUACUUCAAAAAUGAUGGACAAAAAUAUUUCCAACACAAAUGAAAAUAAUUCUCAUUCAAAAACAAGUGAACAGAGUGAAUUAACAUUAAUUGCAAGUAACCAAGAAAAAAUAAAAGUUGAUUCAUGUACACACAUGCCAGAUGAUAAUCAAAACAUAGUUUUAAACAAUUCAAAAAAUUCUAAAACAGAGAAUUAUCCUGUUCAACAUAAAAAAAAGAUUCAAGAUGUUAACUUGAAAUGUUCAGAAAAGUUAGAAAAUUCAAAAAUCGAAAAAAAAAUUUUCAGCGAUUCUAAAAAUACAGGGAUAAAUAAAAAUGAAAUUUUAAAAUAUAUUUCUCCAAAAUCGGAAGAAAUUAACAGUGUGAAUGCACUGCAAAGUAUAGAAAAUAAUAAAAUUGAAAUUGACAGAUUAAAAAUUAAAACAACUAUUGAUGAUAGAAAUGAGUCAGUUGCAGUUAAAGAAAAAGUGCAAGCUAAAACUAAACCUACCGUAAUAAUUCAAUCUCCUAAUUCAAGAUUUCGUAAAAACAUUCCAGUUAUUCCAAAAACUUUAUGUGCAGGUUGUGGUAAAUAUUGUACAAUUGUAGAUGAUGACAUCGUAGGUGCUAAAAGACCUGAUGAGACUUUGGCAGCUGAAACACUGUUAGAACUUCAAGAGGUUGAUCCUUCAAAUGAAGAUGAGCAAGCAAUACUCAUAAAAAAGGGCAUAGAAAUCUGUGAUAAAGUCAUGCGUAAAGAGAGUAUUAAACUUAUAAAUUUAAUAACUAAUGAUAAUGAACUAGUGGCCUUUACUGGAAUAGACUUUAAACUUUUGGAAAAACUUACUAAAGCAAUGACUAUAAUGGAAGGUGGCACCGGUAAAACAUAUUCAGAAACAGCAAAAGAGAGAAUUGUGUUAACAUUAUGUAAAAUUCGAAUCAAUUUGCCUUUUCGCUGUUUAGGACUGUUAUUUGGAUUUAAUCACAUUGUAUCUGCAAGUUUAUUUUAUUCGACCAUUCGAAAUUUAUCAAGCAUUAUGACACAAAUUAUAUACUGGCCAAGAAGAGAAGAAAUUUUGAAAAAAUUGCCUGCUUGUUAUCACAAUUAUAAGCAAACUAGAUUAGUAUUACAUUGCACUGAAAUGCAAGUUGUAAAACAAAGAUGUACUAGUUGUCGUGAAUUGUUAGUAGCUAAUAAUAAGGAAUAUGAGUCUAUCAAAUUAGUUUUGGGUAUCGCACCAUCUGGUUUGAUAAUUUUUAAAAGUAAUACAUAUGAUACUCAGGAUGAAAACGAAUCAAUUUUUACUAAGAUAAAAAUUCUGACAUAUUUGGAUCCAGCUCACGAUGCAAUUUUGGACGAUAAAACACUUGAUAUAACUAAUGAGUGCAGUAAAUGGAAUAUAUCUUUGGUAAAGUUACCAACUAUGGAAAAAAAUAAUAUGUACAAUACCACAGAUGUUGAACUUAUCAAAAAUAUUGCCAUUGGCAGAUUACAUGUUGAUAGGACUUUACAUCGAUUUAAAACCUUCAAAAUUACACAAAAGAAAUUAUCUUGGAGAGCUCUUCCAUGCAUCGAUGAAAUUUGCACAGUUAUAGCAGCUAUUAUAAAUCUCAAAAAUCCAUAUUUUUCUGAAGAAUCUUUUAAAAAAUUUCCAGAAUGGAUUUAAAAAUAAAUUAAGUUUCUUAUCUUUAAUUCAUUGCAAUUACAUUCAGCAUUAUGAACAAAGAUAAUGUAUUUAUAAUUACAUUGAUUUAUUUAUGUAAUUUUGUCAAUGAUAUAUGUCAGUAUUCAUUACUAGUGAUAUUUUAUAACUCUUAUAAUAAGAUGGAAAAGAAAAAGGAGUAGAAUUUAAUUGAUUUUCAUAGUUGUAGAAAGAAGAUAUAAAUUGUAAGAAAAGCAUGAAGCAAAAAAGUAAAAAAAUAUUUAGUGAUUAAUGCCAAUUCAUAAUAUUAGCCAAAGACGUACAAGUGAUUUAAAAUAGUUUAUGCCACAAAACUGUGUAGUCUUGAAUCAUACGAUAAUAAGUUUUUAGGAGACAUUUUUUUUAAUAAUCAAAAUGAAAACAUUUAUAAGUAAAUACAAAUUUGUAAAAAUUA